AUGGAUUCCACUACGAAACUCACGAAGAAGCAGCGGAAAGCCUUCGCGUUCAGAGAGCGAAAGACAAAGAAUAAGAAGAAGGAAUCCGAUGACCCAGAGGAGCAAGCCGUUCCUGUCAUGGAAGACCAGGAUAUGGCUGAAGUGGAAACUUUGGCGCCUCAAGAGAGCUUGGAGGGGGAGCCUAGUCGGUCGGGCACGAAAAGGAGUCAUGACGCAGAAGCCGUCCAAACACCGAAGGAGGCAGGGAAGAGCGGAAAGAAACGCAAGCACGAUGAACGUGGGGUGGUGGAAGAGACUAGUGCAGUCGUCCCCAAUCAAGAUCCUGCCGAAGCACCAAGAAGUGCGAAGAAACGAAGGAGGGAGCAGGAAACUACUUCGUCUGCUGAUGGGGUAGAGGAGGCUUCAAACCCUUCAAAGCCGCGGAAACAAAAGUAUAUCCUAUUUGCAGGUAAUCUCAAGUACACAACCACCAAGGAGGCAAUUGCAGCGCAUUUCUCUUGCUGUGAACCGCAGCCUCGUAUACGAUUACAAACACCCAAAACAGACAAACCUAAUAUUAGACAGAAGACGAAGGGCUUCGCAUUCCUAGAGUUCGACGAGAAGAAACCGCUCCAGCAGGCGUUGAAAAUGCAUCUUUCUGUGCUCGACGGCCGAAAAAUCAACGUUGAACUGACGGUCGGAGGAGGGGGCAAAAGCGAGGCGCGCAUAACGAAGCUACGAGAGCGCAACAAAGAGCUACAUGCCCAGCGACAAAAGCGCAUUGAGAAGCGGAAUUCGGAAAGCAAGGAGGGCGAAGAGCAUACUCGUCUAGAGGCCCCUCAACGUCAUUCCAAAACAUCUGGCGUUGAACACACGCCCGCAACCAAACGAACUUGGUCCGUACUGGAGGUUGAUGACGGCUUGACACACCGCGGCGGGAAAAAGCAUGCAAGACGACCUCAGAAAAACUUAGGAACUGGGGUGAACUCGAUACCAGUGGGAUGA